GCAGCAGCUGCCUUCAGAGAAGGGGGUGGGUCUGGGGAGGAGUUUGCCGUCCAACUCCCGUUAAAAGUAAGGGGGAAAGAGUAAACUGGUGACUCCAGCGCGCGGCUUCCCAAAUUUGGGGCUCACUUUCUGGAACGAUCGGAGAACUCAGCUGCCCCUUCUCCGGAGCGGGGCUGAGUGGUACAAGUGUGAAGGGCGGCCACGGUGGAGAGCCUGGUCCCAACCCAGACACUGCGGACCCCUGGUGCCAAGAAGCUUCUGCUGCCUGCGCCCCGCCUGCCCUUCCUAACUGCCCGGGGGCCCUUCCAUGGGAUCCUGGGCUGAGACUGAGAUGGAGAAGCUCCAGGGGACCUGCCUGUGCCUCUGUGUGGCUGUGCUGGCCUUGCUGCCCUCCCCAAGCCUGGCGCAAUAUGACAGCUGGCCCUACUACCCCGAGUACUUCCAGCAGCCGGCGCCCGAGUACCAGCAGCCUCGGGUGCCCGCCGAUGUGGCGAAGGUCCAGCUGCGCCUGACCGGGCAGAAGAGGAAGCACAAUGAGGGCCGCGUGGAGGUGUACUAUAGCGGCCAGUGGGGCACUGUGUGCGACGACGACUUCUCCAUCCACGCUGCCCACGUCGUCUGCCGGGAGCUGGGCUACGUGGAGGCCAAGUCCUGGACUGCCAGCUCCUCCUAUGGCAAGGGGGAAGGACCCAUCUGGCUGGACAAUGUCUACUGCACUGGCAAGGAGGCGACCCUUGCAGCCUGCUCCUCCAACGGCUGGGGUGUCACUGACUGCAAGCACACGGAAGACGUCGGUGUGGUAUGCAGUGAAAAGAGGAUUCCUGGGUUCAAAUUUGACAAUUCCUUGGUCAACCAGAUAGAGAACCUGAACAUCCAGGUGGAGGACAUCCGCAUCCGGGCCAUCCUCUCCACCUUUCGCAAGCGCACGCCAGUGACGGAGGGCUACGUGGAAGUGAAGGAUGGCAAGCACUGGAAACAGAUCUGCGACAAGCACUGGACGGCCAAGAACUCUCGCGUGGUCUGCGGCAUGUUCGGCUUCCCGGGAGAGAAGGCGUACAACACCAAAGUGUAUAAGAUCUUUGCCUCUCGGAAGAAGCAACGCUACUGGCCCUACUCCAUGGACUGCAUGGGCACGGAGGCCCACAUCUCGAGCUGCAAGCUGGGCCCUCCAGUGUCACUGGACCCCAUGAAGAAUGUCACCUGUGAGAAUGGGCUGCCAGCCGUGGUGAGUUGUAUGCCUGGCCAGGUCUUCAGCCCAGAUGGACCAUCACGUUUCCGGAAAGCCUACAAGCCAGAGCAACCCCUGGUGCGAUUGAGAGGCGGUGCCAACAUCGGGGAGGGCCGCGUGGAGGUGCUCAAGAACGGAGAAUGGGGGACCGUCUGCGAUGACAAGUGGGACCUGCUGUCAGCCAGUGUGGUCUGCAGAGAAUUGGGCUUUGGCAGUGCCAAAGAAGCGGUCACUGGCUCCCGGCUGGGGCAAGGGAUAGGACCCAUCCACCUGAACGAGAUCGAGUGCACAGGGAACGAGAAGUCCCUCAUAGACUGCAAAUUCAAUGCCGAGUCUCAGGGCUGCAACCACGAGGAAGAUGCUGCUGUGAGGUGUAACAUCCCUGCCAUGGGCUUUCAGAAGAAGCUGCGCCUGAAUGGAGGACGUAAUCCCUAUGAGGGCAGGGUGGAGGUGCUGGUGGAGAGGAACGGGUCCCUCGUCUGGGGGACGGUGUGCGGUGAGAACUGGGGCAUCGUGGAGGCCAUGGUGGUCUGCCGGCAGCUGGGCCUCGGGUUUGCCAGCAAUGCCUUCCAGGAGACCUGGUAUUGGCAUGGAGACAUCUUCGCCAACAAAGUGGUCAUGAGUGGAGUGAAAUGCUCAGGCACGGAGCUGUCCCUGGCACACUGCCGUCACGAUGAGGAGGACGUGGCCUGCCCCCAGGGUGGGGUGCAGUACGGGGCAGGAGUUGCCUGCUCAGAAACUGCCCCUGACCUGGUCCUCAAUGCUGAGACCGUGCAGCAGACCACCUACCUGGAGGACCGGCCCAUGUUCAUGCUGCAGUGCGCCAUGGAGGAGAACUGCCUCUCGGCCUCAGCUGUGAACACCGACCGCACCACAGGCUACCGCCGGCUCCUGCGCUUCUCCUCUCAGAUCCACAACAAUGGCCAGUCUGACUUCCGGCCCAAGAACGGCCGCCACGCGUGGAUCUGGCACGACUGCCACAGGCACUACCACAGCAUGGAAGUGUUCACCCACUAUGACCUGCUGAACCUCAAUGGCACCAAGGUGGCAGAAGGCCACAAGGCCAGCUUCUGCUUGGAGGACACAGAAUGUGAAGGAGACAUCCAGAAGAGCUAUGAGUGUGCCAACUUUGGCGAGCAGGGUAUCACCAUGGGCUGCUGGGACAUGUACCGCCAUGACAUCGACUGCCAGUGGAUCGACAUUACCGAUGUACCCCCUGGAGAAUACCUGUUCCAAGUCGUCAUUAACCCCAACUACGAGGUUGCGGAAUCCGAUUACUCCAAUAACAUCAUGAAGUGCAGGAGCCGCUACGAUGGCCACCGCAUCUGGAUGUAUAACUGCCACAUAGGUGGUUCCCUCAGUGAAGAGACAGAAAAAAAGUUUGAGCAAUUCAGUGGACUCCUAAAUAACCAGCUCUCCCCGCGGUAAAGAAGGCUCUGUGGGCUGGGGUACAGUGGCUUCACCUGGAACCCCAGCACUUUGGGAGGCUGGAGGAUCGCUUGAGGCCAGUAGUUCAA